UGAUUAACGUUGUUCGUUGAUUUUAGAGAAAAUCAAUCAAUCACUAAAAUUAGUCGUUAAACAAAGCUUGCGAAGAAGAAGAAAAUGGCGGAUUUGAUUUUGAGUUCCUCUGCACAAUCCUCUCUCCUUCACGUCAGACCCAAUCUCUUCCUACUCAAUACCUCCACUGCUUCACCGAUCCGAAGUGUCAGAUUCCAAAAUCCCAACGGUUUUCAUCCUCUCGCGUUCGCAUCUGGUCACCGACGACUUCCUCUCGGUGCAGUAGUUCCCUCUGAUUCGACUAAGACGAUCACCGGUACUAUUACCGCUAAUUGCGUUGAUUCAGGUGUAAAAGCUGUUGAAGUCGAGCCUACGAUCGAUUACGGAGGUGGUGGUGGUGGUGGAAUUGGAGGUGAUAAAUUUGGCGGCGGUGGUGGAGGCGGCGAUGGAAAUGACGACGGAGAAGAUGGUGAUAAGGAAGAGAGUGACGGGAAAAAAGGCACGCCUCUGUCUAUGUCGCAGAAAUUGACUCUUGGUUACGCUUUUCUCGUUGGAGUUGGUGGGCUGAUGGGUUAUCUGAAGAGCGGUAGCCAGAAAUCGCUGCUUGCAGGUGGACUGUCAGCUGCUGUUCUGCUGUAUGUCUUCAGCCAGCUCCCAACAAAACCUGUUCUUGCAUCAACCGUUGGCGUAGUGAUGGCGGGUGCAUUAACGUACGUGAUGGGAACCAGAUACAUGGGAUCGAAGAAGAUAUUUCCUGCUGGAGUCGUGUCGAUCAUGUCUUUCAUUAUGACCGGAGGAUACAUACACGGUAUCAUGCGUAGCCUUCACUAAGCAGCAGCAAACACUCUCGAGUCUGUUACAAAAGUGUCUGUCUCUGACCUUUUUCUUUCUUUGUGUGUUUCACGGUGUAAAGCAGCUUCGCUACUUUGUGUUUUGUAUGAACCAUAAGGAAACUACCAAAACGUUCCAGAGAAGUACUUUUGAAAUAUCUUAUGGAUUUAGCUCUGUGGUCAGAA